CCGCCCGGGGCCAUCACCUCCACCGCCGCCUGGGACGCCGCCGCCCAGGGCCACCACCUCCACCGCUGCCUGGGACGCCGCCGCCCGCGGCCACCACCUCCACCUCCAUCGCAGAUUGAAUGGAUCCUCUGGAUUUCUUUGUUGUGCGAUUCCAUUUCAAUGGUGCAUUUGUGCGUGAGGUCAAAAUUUGGAAUAUGUUGGAGGCAGCGAGGAAAUUGCUCAUGUCGAGCGGCGCAGUUUGUCCUUACGCACUCUCAUUCUAAAUCUGAAAGUGCAUUACAGUGUCGCUCGACGAGGAGUAAUCAUGAUGUUGCAUUGGUUAUAUCCUGGAAAACAAUUGUCUGAUGGAUUGAUGGCAUUAGUUGAUGAAAAUUCUGUGAAGUACAUGCUCUCAUAUGAAACAGAUGGAGGCGUAGUGGACAUAUAUGUUGAGGACAUUAGUAGUAAUGAGCCAGAACAACAAAGUUAUAGGGAUGAUGAAGUACCCGCAGGCGGUGAUGAGAAUUCAAAGCAAAGUUUUGGGGAUGAUGAAGUACCUACUGGUGGUAAAGAGGAAUCAAAUCAAAAUGAUGUUGUUGAUGGCAAUGGUACCGAUUCUUCAUCCGAUAGUGACUUUGUGUUAUCGGAUUGCUCAACAUCCGAUGAUGAGGUGGAGGAGAUUAGGCAGAAGUACAAGGAUUUCAAGAGCAAGAGCAAGGGCAAGGGCAAGGACAUCACUGCUAUAGAGAAGGCCAUUGCACCUCCGACAAAAAAAAGAUAGUAGCUGACUCAAGUGAUGAAGAUGAUGAAUCAUAUGAUGAAGAUAGUGAUGGUCAGCUUGUUGUUCAUGAGUCCGAGUUCCCAAAGUAUUCGAGUCAGGCUGAGGUGAAGAAAUUCAGUUUGGGAAUGAAGUUUAGUGGAAAGAAACAGUUCAAAGAGGCAAUAGUGGACUAUGGUCUUAGGAAGAGGAAGGAAAUAAAAUUCAUUCAGGAUGAGGGUGACAGGGUGAGAGCAAAGUGCACUUGGACAACUUGCAAAUGGGUUUGUUUAGCGAGGAAGACUAGCAAGUUUGAAAGCUGGCAGAUUACUUCUUUCAUUGAUGAGCACACAUGCCCAAAGAGGAGAGACAACAAGUUGGUGACAUGCACCAGAAUAGCCAACAAGUUUGAGAAUUUGAUCAAGUCAAACACUGACUGGUCAGUCCAAAAUUUGAAGGCCACGGUGCAGGAGGAGAUGUUUGCUAAUGUACACAUAUCGAAGAUCAAGAGAGCUAAGGCAAUUGUCUCAAAAAGGAUUCAAGAGUAAAAAUUGGGUGAAUAUAGCCAAGUCUUUGAUUAUCAGCUAGAGCUUCUUAGAAGCAAUCCUGGUUCUACUUGCAUAGUGAAGCUAAACCCUGACAAUGAAGUUCCAACCUUUGACAAAUUCUAUAUAUGUUUUGAUGCUUGUAAGAAAGGUUUUCUGGCUGGAUGCAGAAAAGUCAUAGGUUUGGAUGGAUGUUUCUUGAAGGGGAGAGGAGGAGAGGUGUUGAGUGCAAUUGGAAGAGAUGCAAACCAUCAGAUGUAUCCGAUAGCGUGGGCACUUGUAGACAAAGAGACCAAUGAAACCUGGGAUUGGUUUGUUAGCCUGUUGUGCUCAGACUUAAAAGUUGGAGAUGGAUCGAACUAUGUUAUUAUUUCUGAUCAGCAGAAAGGUAUUCUCAAGGCUGUUGAAAAUUGGCUACCAAGAGCAGAGCAUAGGAAUUGCGCAAGGCACUUGUAUGCAAACUGGAGGAAGACCUAUAGAGAGAAGGAAUGGCAGAAGCUAUUUUGGGCAUGUGCAAAAGCUAGUUCUCCAAUGCUUUUCAAUCUUGCAAGAGCGAAGUUGGCACAAGAGACUGUUGAAGGGGCAAGGGAUGUGAUGAAAACUGACCCACACCAUUGGAGCAGGGCUUGGUUCAGGUUGGGCUCUAAUUGUGACUCGGUAGACAGCAACAUUUGCGAGUCUUUUAAUAAGUGGAUUGUGGAGCCUCGCUGUUUGCCAGCAAUCAGCAUGUUUGAAGCCAUUAGGGUGAAGAUAAUGGCUAGGAUAGAAUAUCAAAGAACCGAGUCGGACAAGUGGACUGGCACCAUUUGUCCCACGGUACUUAGAAAACUGAAGAAAAGCAUAAAUGCCUCUGCCUAUUGUCAUGCUGUUUGGAAUGGUGAAGAUUUAUAUGAGGUGACUCAUAGAGAACAUAGGUUCCAAGUGAAUCUAGAAGAGUGGACAUGUAGUUGCAGAUAUUGGCAACUAUCUGGUCUUCCAUGCCCUCAUGCUAUAUCAUGCAUUUUUUUCAAAACCAACAACAUAGAUGAUUACAUUGACAAGUGCUAUAGCAUAGAAGCAUUCAAGAAAACUUAUGCUUUUUGCCUUCAACCUGUGGAAGGCAGACCUGCAUGGCCUGUGUCUGAGAGGCCAAGACCUAAUCCACCAGGGGAGAUUAUGAUGCCCGGUAGGAGGAAAAAGCAAAGGACUAGAGAGCAACAAGAGAAGCCAAGGUGUGCCACUAGGGUUUCUAAGAGAGGUACAAAGAUAAGAUGCAGCAUGUGCAAGCUACAUGGGCACAACAGGACAUCAUGCAAAGCAAGAAAUGGCACAGGGAGUUCAAAUAGACCAAUGCAGCAGCCUCCUGAGCAAGGCCAAGGUCCUACUAGAAGCAAAGCACCAUCAGCUGCUUCCAAACAGCCUGCUGCAAGCCAAACUGCAACAAGUAGCCAACCACCAUGUGCUAGUCAAGGGCCAGAUAUGCCUUCACGCCAGAGCAGCACUAGGCAGAGCAAAAGGAAGGCCACUGAGGAAGUGGCUGCACCUAACCCAAAGAGAAGGGCGCCAACUGGAAGCAGCAGCAGGUCCAACAAUUUCUUCGGAAAUACAAUUAGUGUGCAAAGAAGCUCCAAUGUCAAUGUUAAUGUAUCUACCGGCAAUUCUAGCGCUAGAGCUAGCAGCAGAGUUGUAAAGCACACAAAGAAGUAUGCGGGGUUUCGAAGGCUGCUUGGAUUUCAAUCAUGAAUCAGCUAGCAACAUCGCUGCUUGCCAGAAAUGAAUUAUGUAUUGUGUGAGACAUCUAUGUGUUGUGUGUGAGACCUCAUCUAUGUAUUGUGUGUGAGACAUCUAUGUGUUCUGUUUGAGACAUCUAUAUAUUUUGUUUCAGAUCA